AUAAUAAUACACGUAAGAAUGAAAUUGCUCUUGCACCAGUGAACCAACGGUUGUGAUAUAUUGGUAAUUGGACUUUCAAUUCUUCACCUAACCCAUCUUCGACGACGGCUUGUCCACCUCACCUCACCUACCCAACCAGUGGCCAAUCUUGACUCUCUCAAAAGACGAAACCUUUUGUGGAAUAAAAGAUUUUCAAUCCAGUUCUUUCGUUAGAGAAGAAAACGUUCAGAGGAAAAGAUGGCUGCACCACCGAAACCUACAAGAAUAGGCCUUGCUGGUUUGGCUGUCAUGGGCCAAAAUUUGGCCCUCAACAUUGCAGAGAAAGGCUUCCCCAUUUCAGUAUAUAAUAGAACUACCUCCAAAGUUGAUGAGACUGUUGAGCGAGCUAAAAAUGAAGGAAAUCUUCCCCUUUAUGGCUUCCAUGAUCCUGAAUCUUUUGUUAAUUCAAUCCAGAAACCUCGGGUCAUUAUCAUGCUUGUCAAGGCUGGGGCACCUGUUGACCAGACCAUAAAGACCCUCUCCGUCUACCUGGAGAAGGGUGACAGCAUUAUUGAUGGGGGUAAUGAGUGGUAUGAAAAUACUGAGAGGAGGGCGAAAGCCAUGGCUGAAUUAGGUCUUCUUUACCUUGGAAUGGGAGUUUCAGGUGGUGAAGAGGGGGCUCGAUAUGGGCCCUCUAUGAUGCCUGGAGGAUCCUUUGAGGCCUAUAAGUACAUUGAAGACAUUCUUCUUAAGGUGUCAGCUCAAGUUCCAGACAGUGGCCCCUGUGUGACUUACAUUGGCAAAGGUGGGUCUGGUAACUUUGUUAAGAUGAUUCAUAAUGGGAUUGAAUAUGGUGAUAUGCAGCUGAUAGCAGAGGCUUAUGAUGUACUGAAGUCAGUUGGAAAGCUGUCAAAUGAGGAACUCCGAAGCGUUUUCUCAGAGUGGAACAAGGGAGAGCUUCUGAGCUUCCUGAUUGAAAUCACUGCAGAUAUAUUUGGAAUCAAGGAUGAUAAGGGAGAUGGAUAUUUGGUUGACAAGGUUUUGGACAAGACUGGCAUGAAGGGUACUGGUAAAUGGACUGUUCAGCAAGCUGCUGAACUAUCAGUUGCAGCUCCCACAAUUGAAUCUUCUUUGGAUGCAAGGUUUCUCAGUGGUUUAAAGGAAGAGAGGGUUAAAGCAGCUAAAGUGUUCAAAUCAGCUGGUUUUGGUGAUAUCUUGACUGCCCCAGAGGUGGAUAAGGCAAAGUUGAUCGAUGAUGUGAGGCAAGCUCUUUAUGCAUCCAAGAUAUGCAGUUAUGCACAAGGGAUGAAUCUUAUCCGUGCAAAGAGUAUUGAGCAGGGAUGGGACUUGAAGUUGGGGGAGUUGGCUAGGAUUUGGAAGGGGGGCUGCAUCAUUCGAGCAGUGUUCCUGGACAGAAUUAAGCAGGCAUAUGAUAGGAAUGCUGAUCUUGCAAAUCUUCUUGUGGACCCAGAGUUUUCAAAGGAGAUCAUUGAGAGGCAGUCUGCCUGGAGAAGGGUGGUAUGCCUUGCUAUCAACUCAGGCAUCAGCACCCCAGGUAUGUCAGCUAGUCUUGCUUAUUUUGACAGCUACAGGAGGGAGAGACUGCCGGCUAAUUUGGUCCAAGCUCAGCGAGACUACUUUGGUGCUCAUACAUAUGAAAGAACUGAUGUAGAAGGUGCUUUCCAUACUGAAUGGUUCAAAAUUGCCAAACAGUCAAAGAUUUAAGUCCAUCUUCUUUGGCAUUCUACUUAAGCAGAACUCUCCUUUAUCCCAAUAAUUUCUGCUGACGAUUUUAUGCUGGGCAGAGCUUCAGCCAACUCUUUUAUCAAUUUUAUUUAAAUCAAGGAGUGUGCAUUAGAUUUGGUUUGUUAUGCUUGUACUUUUGGCAGAUCUGUCACCCUCACAGCCCUUUUCAUUUUUGGAAGAUGUAAUUCUAGUCAUUGUGGAGGACUGUGGGGUAGCACUCUGAAACUGUAAUGUUGGAAGAUGAAAAUCAAUGAAGAAACUUUCUUAUAUUCCUCAA